AUGAUAUUUAAAAGUGUUAAAAAUUUAUCAAACAAAGUUUGUGAUGUUUUAGUUUCUUUUGGAGUGCGUCAAAAUAAAACAACGUUUAUAUCUCACCCAGGUGUUAUGGCGGUAUCACAGCUGCUUGAAAUGAAGCUAAUAACAAGACCAAGAGCCAUAUUAACCCAGGAGAAUGUAAACGCUAUGGUUGAAUUCGACUACGAGCUAGCGAAAAAGGCACAAAUAGCCGUUGACAACAAUUUGCCGAUUAAUUUUUUCGAUUUGGAGUAUAUAGACAGAGCUGAAUAUUUGGAACUACUACUUGAAGAGAAAAAAAUUUUAGAAAAGGCAAGAGAAGAAGUGUUAAAAAGAGAAAAGGGUAACUACGCAACCCCAGAAAUACUUAAAAAAUAUAAAAGGGUCGAAGUACCAAGGAAAUGGAGGCAAGAAUUAGAAAUCGACGAGAAAUUAUUAAAGGAACAGCCAGGCCUAAAGGAAAAUAUAGAAUUACAAAAUAUUAUGCACAAUUAUAUUCAAAAUAAGUUCAAAAAUAAAAAUGUUGAUGGGGGUCCAAAGAAACACAUAAAAAAUUGA